AUGCCUGGUAUUGGUAAGACAACUCUGACUAGAAAAGUGUACAACAAUCUGAAUGUGGUAUGCUAUUUUCAUCGUCAUGCAUGGUGGACUGUUUCACAAACAUACUCCAAAAGGGAAUCGUUGGUUGAACUGUUAAGUCAUAUUGCUGUGCUUCCUGAUGAUAUCAGUAGACUGAGUGAUGAUGACCUCAUGGCAAAAUUACGUCGUUACUUGUUGGGAAACAAGUAUCUAAUUGUUAUGGAUAAUCUAUGGGACACUGAAGAUGUGGUUUUAGAAAUCAAACCUGACAGCAAUCCACAUCGUAUUCGUCCAUUUUCUGAUGUUGAAAGUUGGAAAUUGUUACAACACAAGAUUUUUAAAGGUGCGGAUUGUCCAGAUGAAUUGUUGGCAGUUGGGAUGGAGAUUGCUCAUCUUUGUCAGGGUUUGCCACUUGCAGUUGUUGCAAUAGCUGGUCCUCCAAAAGACAAAGAUAUUCUUGUGAGCAAGUUAAUACGCCUCUGGAUGGCGGAAGGUUUCAUACAGGAAACCGAGUCAAAGAGCUCAGAGGAGGUAGCAGAGGAUUACCUGAUGGAGCUGAUUAACAGAAGCCUAGUGAACAUCUCCCAAACAAAAUCUAAUGGAAUGGAUAAACCGUAUGCAUUUUUUCCUGAUCCAGAAUAUGAUAUGGAGCUUGAGAAUCUUUUAGCUCCUAUUAUAUAUGAAAGCUACAGAUUGAGCUUUUAUGUGAAGCGGCCGCAUUUUAUUAAUUACCGACCUUCUGGCCCUACAGCUCGAUCCUUGAUGUUCUUUGCAUCUUCUGAUUCAGAACCUAAAUGUCCAUAUGAUAUCUCCUUUAUUUGCCACAACUUCAAAUUACUUCGGGUUUUGGAUCUGGAGUCUAUCAUGGCAAUCAGCUUUCCCCUGGAAAUAGGACUAAUGGUUCAGCUGAGAUAUCUAGCUGUCAGUGAUUAUAUGCAAUCACUUCCACCAUCGAUAUCCAACUUGUGGAAACUUGAAACAUUGGUUGUGAAGGGAUCAAGAGGCAAGGUCAUCUUACCAGACACUAUUUGGAGUAUGAGAACAUUGAGGCAUCUUCAUGUGAAUAAUCAUGUCCUUUUCAACUUGCAAAAUCUUAAUGAUGGUGCAGGAAAUUUGAUAAAUUUGGUCAGCUUUUCCACCCCAGCACUGUCCUGCAGCUCCACAUUGAAGAGAUUUUCUCCUCCCACAAAACUUCAUGUUGGUGGCUUUGAGAUGCAGAGAUGGCACUUGCAGGAAGAGGAAUUUAAGGAACUCAAGUUCUUGGAAUUAGACACCAUGAACCUUGCUGAAUGGGAUGCCUCUUGUGAUGAACUUCUUCUAAGCCUAGAAAGACUAAUAUUGUGCAAUUGCAAGGAUUCCAUCUGA